GUCUAAUGUUAACCACACUCUAUCUCUGUCUAUCUCUCUCUAUCUAACACUUCAACAGCUUCUCUCUCUCUCUCUCUCUCUCGCUCCACUAUGUUGCUGGGUUCAUCGAAAUCUGUAACAAUUUUCGUAAUUUUGGCAGUCCUACGGCUGAAUUUCGCCUUCAAACUCAAUGACAAGCUCACUUACGUCUGGCCGCUGCCUUCGGAAAUCAGUUCCGGUGAUCACAUCCUAUCCAUUGACCCCGGCCUGUCGCUUGUUGUCGGUGGCGAAGGAGGUAACUCCUCGAUUAUUGAAGAUGCGUUUGAGAGAUACAAGAGGAUUCUAUUCAAGGAUGGCGAAAGUUUUUCUAUUUUCCAAGCGUUUAGAUUUAAAAGAUCGGCUUAUGACAUCAAUGAAUUGAAAAUUGUGGUUCAUUCUCCUAAUGAGGAGCUUCAGCUUGGAGUUGAUGAGAGUUAUACGUUAUUGGUGGAUGGGGGUGAUGGAGAGUCAAUCAUUGCGGAAGCGACCAUUGAGGCAAAUACUGUCUAUGGUGCAUUGCGAGGGUUGGAGACAUUCAGCCAACUGUGUACAUUUGAUUAUGGAAAUAAAUCGGUACAAAUCUACAAGGCACCAUGGUACAUUCGAGACAGACCAAGAUUUUCAUAUCGUGGGCUUUUGCUUGAUACAUCGAGGCAUUAUUUACCGGUAGAUGUCAUUAAGCAGAUAAUUGAAUCCAUGUCAUAUGCUAAACUUAAUGUCCUUCAUUGGCACAUUAUAGAUGAGGAGUCGUUUCCUUUAGAAAUACCAUCAUAUCCAAAAUUGUGGGAAGGUUCAUAUACAAAGUGGGAGCGGUACACAGUGGAGGGUGCCUAUGAAAUUGUAAACUUUGCCAAGAUGAGAGGCAUCAAUGUUCUGGCAGAAAUUGAUGUGCCUGGUCAUGCAGAAUCUUGGGGCGCUGGAUAUCCUGAUCUUUGGCCUUCGGUUUCCUGUAAGGAGCCACUCGAUGUUACAAAGAAUUUUACCUUUGAUGUGAUAUCUGGCAUUCUGUCAGACAUGAGAAAAAUCUUCCCUUUUGAGCUCUUCCACUUGGGUGGUGAUGAGGUUAAUACAGAUUGCUGGCUCUUUACUUCACAUAUAAAACAAUGGAUUCGGGAUCGCAACUUUACUACUAAGGAUGCAUAUGAAUAUUUUGUACUUAAAGCUCAAGAAAUAGCAAUUUCAAAAGGUUGGACUCCUGUCAACUGGGAGGAAACUUUCAAUGCAUUUGCAUCAAAACUUCAUCCAAAGACUGUAGUGCACAACUGGUUGGGCGGUGGAGUUUGUGCCAAGGCUGUUGCGAAAGGCUUCAGAUGCAUCUUCAGUAACCAAGAAUUCUGGUAUCUUGAUCAUCUAGACGUCCCUUGGGACGAAGUUUAUGAGGCUGAGCCGCUGGAAGGAAUAAAUAUUACUUCACAGCAAGAUCUUGUGCUUGGAGGAGAAGUUUGCAUGUGGGGUGAGACAGCCGAUGCCUCCGAUAUUCAGCAAACAAUAUGGCCUCGGGCAGCGGCUGCUGCAGAGCGCUUAUGGAGUAGGAGGGAAGACAUAUCUUCUGGAAAUAUUUCCUUAACAGCUUUACCUCGCUUCCACUACUUCAGAUGCCUACUGAAUAGGCGUGGAGUUCAAGCUGCUCCUGUCACGAACUUUUUCGCCCGAGAACCUCCGCUCGGUCCUGGAUCAUGCUAUGUUCAAUGAGUAUUCAUGUCAAGGAUAAGGAAUCUGCUGUGUGAUGUAUAGGGAGACUUUAUCCCUUUGGCAGACUUUCUUGUAAGUGAUCCCUUCAUACCCAUGGGAAGACAAGUGGAGAACUAAUGAUGAGCAUCAUUACAAAUUCAAGCUAAACCUUGUGAACUUAUAGUUACCAUGAUUUUUCUUCUCUGAAAUUCUUAUUUAAUCUUCAAUAA